AUGCGUUUCUCCGCCAUCUCUCUCGUUCUCGCUUCUGCUCUCGCAGUCAAUGCCGCAGUUGUCCCCGUGAUGGCCAAGACCAGCGUUGGUGUUGAAAACGGGACCGGCAGUCACCUCGCUGAGCGCCAGGCUGGUGUCGCUGGCGCAAUCACCUCCAUCGGCAGCAGCGCCAUGAGUGUCGCCACCGGCGCUGCUGUCAAUCUCGUAACUGAUUCGCUUCGUGCUAUCGUGGACUGGACCAAGGCCCGUGAGACCUUCACCAAGCAGACCACGGACGAGAUGUGGAAGAAGAACCCCGACCCCGCCAAGUUUCCCGCCGCCGUCUGCUACAACAAGGGCUACCGCCUCGCGGACCCCAAUGGCGUUGAUGGCAAGGCCAGCGUCACUCUUCGCUCCAACCUGCUCAAGGUCAACUAUGACUGCAUGUACAUGACCGGCCCCAACCAGUUCUUCACUGACAGUGACGGUGGUCUCAUCAACCUUUCCUACUCCUACGACGGCAACCGUUGUACUUUCGAUCAGUCCACUGGUGACCUGACCUGCAAAUAA